UGGGCGAAGUUUGCAACGGGCGCGAUUUUUCAAAAUGGAGCCCCGCAAGGGAGUUUCUCCCCGACCCCCAUAGUGGGGAAGGACAGGCCUCCGGACCGACAACCGUACCGACAAGGACGCAGACUAGGCGGUCAUGCGAUAGCGGUAACGGAUUACACGAAGGAGUGAGAGCAUCGCCUUCACCAUGGCGACCUGCAUCGGCGAGAAGAUUGAGGAUUUCAAGGUGGGGAACCUUUUAGGCAAGGGUUCCUUUGCAGGUGUAUACAGAGCUGUAUCCGUGAAAACUGGUCUUGAAGUGGCUAUUAAAAUGAUCGACAAAAAAGCUAUGCACAAAGCUGGUAUGGUACAAAGGGUACAAAAUGAGGUGAAGAUUCAUUGUCAACUAAAACAUCCCUCCAUACUUGAGUUGUAUAACUACUUUGAAGAUAGUAACUAUGUGUAUUUGAUACUUGAGAUGUGCCAUAAUGGAGAAAUGAGCAGAUAUUUAAAAAAUAGGAAGAAUCACUUUUCUGAAGAAGAAGUUCGGAACUUCAUGCAUCAAAUUAUUACAGGGAUGUUAUAUCUGCAUUCCCAUGGAAUACUCCAUCGGGAUCUUACACUCUCUAAUCUCUUACUCACCAACAAUAUGAAUAUCAAGAUAGCUGAUUUUGGACUUGCAACACAACUGAAAAUGCCUCACGAAAAGCAUUAUACAAUGUGUGGGACUCCUAAUUAUAUUUCUCCAGAAAUAGCUACAAGAAGUGCACAUGGGCUUGAGUCUGAUGUCUGGUCUUUAGGAUGCAUGUUCUUUACACUGCUGACUGGAAAGCCACCUUUUGAUACUGAUACAGUAAAAAAUACUUUGAGCAAAGUUGUACUAGCAGAUUAUGAAAUGCCAGCGUUUUUGUCAAGAGAGGCUCAGGAUCUCAUUCAUCAGUUACUUCGAAAAAACCCGGCGGAUCGUUUAAGCCUUUCAUCUGUAUUGGAUCAUCCUUUUAUGUCCAGUGGUAGGUCAGUAAGAAGUAAAGAUUUAGGAAACGUAGAAGACUCAAUGGAUAGUGGAAAUGCCACAAUUUCUAUCGCUUCCACUGCUUCUCCCAGUGUCAGUACAAGUGGCUGCUUAAAAGAAAAGAAAAGACUUUUAAUCGAGCAUCCACUUCCCAACAAAAUGACAGUUUUUCCUAAACACAAAAGUACUAACAAUGUGGCAAUUGGUUGUGGAAGCCCACACGACAAUCAGGGACUUCCAAUAAAUGAAGUUGUCAAUAUUGGAAGGGGAAGAACAAUGCAGCUAAUUGAAGAAAGACCUCAUUCACGUUAUCUCAGGAGGGCCCACUCGUCUGAAAGAUCAGGCACAUCUCAUAGUCAAAAUUCAGAAAUAUUAAGUCAAGUGGAAAGAUGCCAGUCCUUGGAAAUCCUCCCAAAACCAAGACAUGGACAAAAAGAAAAUACAAAAGAUUUUUCUCCUGCAAAUUGUUAUCGUGACUUCCCAAUUGUAUUUAAGGAGGACUUUCCCACUAACUGUGACUCAGUGGAAAAACAUUUUUCACCACCUACAAAACAACAGCCUUGUUCAGAUUUUCCCUGUACAAUGAAGGCUGACAAUGCUUUCUUAGAAUUGAAGACUCAAACUGAAACAAUGCAGCAAUGGCUUGGAAAUAUACAGCUUGGUGUUCAGGUAUCAGAACCUUCAUAUAAAAUAAAUGGGGAUUGUCAGUUCUAUCUUGGUAUGCCUCAAGAGGCUCUAAAGACAGCGAGAAAUAGUUCACAACAUAAAAAUUAUCCUGAUUCUGCACCAACUGUGGGACCACAAGAAUUAAGAAAAUAUACAGCUAGACUUCCAAGUAAAUCUGAAAAGGCCCUGCUAGCACCUGCAUUUGGUCUCCAUCUUAUGUCUGAAAUCAAAAACAGAGACAAAGCAUCCCAGUAUGGACACCCAAAACCUCUCCUGCGAAAUAUCAUAUCUCCUCUGAGUGCUCAUAGACUGAAACCAAUAAGGCAGAAAACAAAAAAUGCUGUGGUGAGUAUUCUAGAUACAGGAGAAGUGUGUAUGGAAUUUCUAAAGGAAUAUAAUUCACAGGAGUUUGUAAAAGAAGUACUAAAGAUUUCUCCUGAUGGAAAUGAGGUCACAGUUUACCAUCCAAAUGAAGGUAUAGGUGUUCCUCUUAAUGACAGACCUCCGGUAUCUCCUGAGCACCUAAAUGUAUAUAGCUUUGAUAACUUGCCAGAGAAGUACUGGAAAAAGUAUCAAUAUGCUGCCAAAUUUGUGCAGUUGGUACGAUCCAAAACACCCAAAGUCACCUUCUAUUCAAGAUAUGCCAAGUGCAUGUUGAUGGAAAAUUUGGCUCCUGCAGAUGUGGAAAUUUGUUUUAUGAUGGGGCGAAAAUACACAAAGCAGCAGGAGCAAUACGAAUAAUUGAAAAAUCUGGAAAAGCUUAUACAAUAAGAGAAGAAAGUGAAAUUUACAGAAGGAUAUACAAAUAUAUGUGCAUCAUGCAAAUGAGGCUCAUCGCAUUUGCCUUGCACUAGAAACUGCCAUUCUGGCAGAA